CACGUGUCUAUGGGCGGCUUCGCGACGCACGCCGGGUGGGAGUCGGUGCUAGAGGGCGUGGCCGGCGGCGUGCCCAUGGCGUGUCGUCCCUUCUUCAGCGACCAGAGGAUGAACGCGUGGAUGGUGGCGCACGUCUGGGGGUUCGGCACGGUCUUCGAGCAGCCCAUGACGCGCGCGACCGUGGCUGAGGUCGUGUCGUCGCUGCUCGCCGGCGACCAAGGCACCCGGAUGCAUGAGAUGCGGAGCAUGGCGGCCGCGGCGUUCGCGCCCGACGGCGGCAGCAGCAAGGACCUGGAUAAGCUUCUCAAGAUAGUCUGUCCACCGAAAGAGCACAGCCGUGGUGAUCAUGUCGACGAAGCAGCAGAGGUGACAAGAUGCACACCGACGACACAUGAUCAGCUGCUUGGUGCUAGCAGCCUAGCAAACACCGUGGCUGACUGA